CACACAAAAAAAAAAUCGAUCUUCUGUUAAACGAGAGAAGCUCUGGUUGCUGCAAAGAUGGCUAAUAGGUAAGAGACACAUUUAUUUUUUAAUUAUAUUCUUCAAAUGUUGUUAUGAUCUUGUUUAGUAAUUAGUGAGUUUGUUUUUUUAUGUAGUGAUUUUAGAAGAUUUAAAUUAGUAGUUCGAUGGAAAUCGAAGAAACUAGAGGAUAAUUUGGGCCUCCAUUUCGUUGGUGGUGGAAGUUUUCAGAUGACGGUGCCAUCCAGGGUGACAUAUCACAAACUUUGUGAGAAUCUAAUUCAGAGAAUACGACGUAGAGACGAAGCAGUUCAAGAUAGUGAUAUGAUCACAGGUUUCACUUAUUAUCUUCCAGAAUGGAUGAAUGAUGUUUUAUUUCAUUAUGCGAUGCCUAUUAAUAUUAUGGAUGAUGAUAGUUUGAAUGCGCUUUGGAAUUUUAUGGCACAAAACCUUUAUUGUUUGGGUGCUGAGAUACAUGCUGAGCUUAGUGAGCAUCAAGGUGAAGAGGAAGAAGAUGAGACAUGGAGCGUGCCAUCCGAUCAUGAUGAUGAUGACGGAGACGGAGAGGAGGAGGAGGAGGAGGAGGAUGAAGAUGAAGAUGGGGAAGGAGAGCAGCCUAAUUAUCCUCCAUAUUUUUACUUGCAGGGUGUUGAUGUGACUUGAAUCGGACUAUCAACCGCUACGACUGGUAAUCGGGGGUCUCGCUGCCCGGUCAGCGAGUGGGGUCCAGGGGCAACGCCCCAGUGGGGGUGCGGGGCCAACGCCCCCGGCCCACGGUGUAUGGGCUCAAUGUUAUUUGGGUUCGGGUUCUGGGCCUGGUCUGUAACCGUUUCCUUUACCAGAUUGGAUUAGGUUUAGACC